AAGAACGCAUUUUUAAUUUCCAUGCUUUCGAUCCCCUAAUCCCCAAACCCUUGGAGCUCUGCUGAUGGAUUAUUGGGGACAGAGGCCUUGCUUUGCCAUUGCCUCUGUUCCCCUUGUUCAAUCGCUGUUGCAGGAUUCGUUUACGGAGAUGACUACAGGAGAAGGAUCAUAGCUUUCAUAGUUGAUAAACAUUUCAACGGGCUGUCUGUAAAAAAUGUUGAGGACAAAGCAGCUUGGGACACUUUCCCAUUGUGCCAGAUCCUUCGUCCUUGGUAAUUCACGAUGUGGCAGUGGAGACGGAGCCUCAUGUGCUUCCUCUGAAGAUGAACCUUGUGUUUCUAAACGGCAGUUUAAUGGUAAAUUGCCCGUUCAAGAAAAGAAACCUGCUGUGCUAUCUGAUGUCAUUGCACAGGUUGGAGCAACCCAUUCGAGAAAUACCAUUGAAUCUGUUGGCCGCCACUCCUCUGAAAAUCAUAACUAUGCACCUCUUACUGCACAUCAACUGUCCUCUGCUGCUGCUUUGAGCUCAACUUUGAGUUCAAUAAGUGGGAUUUUUAGCUCAAUCAACAAGGACAGCACUCUGAAAGAUACAGAGCAUUCACCUAAGCUGCCUGCUGAAGGCUUUGCCCGGGCAGGCAUUGCAAAGGCGGACACUUUACCUGAUUUAGUGAAUUGCAAGAUUUCAGCUUCAGAUGGAUGCAGUUUUGUGACUACCCAGAAUGAUAACACUGAUUCCACUCAGACUUCAUCUCACGUAAGAUCCUCUAAAGGAAAGUCUCGCAACAAGGCUCCCUAUCCUAAGCUCAAGCAAAAUUUUGUCAGUUCUGCGGGGGAGCCAAGUUCAUACUCUGUUGCUGCUCAAAAUGGUCCUGGAGUUGGAGCUUCUGUAAAGACUGGUUCUAUGAAAAAUAGGCAAAUUAUUUCUGGAAUUUCUGGAACAACUUCCAAACCUCAUUUUGUUGAUCAGGGUCGAAGGCAGUCUGUAGCACAGAGAGCCAAAUUUCAUACUGAGAGUGUUACUUCAGAUGUAAAAUCUAGUAGAAGAAUUACUGGAUCAAGAGUUGCAGCACCGUCUCCUGAGAGCUCAAGGUUUGGUAACAAGUUGCAACACUCAACGAGAUCAAUGGGCCCUGCAGGAAGCAGCUUUGCAAAUAAUCGGCGAGGCAUGCAUAAUUUGCAAGUGGUUGAACAAUAUUACCACAUAUUACAACAACUAAAAUGGAGGAAUGGGGCAGAAGUGGAAGUUGUUCUGAAUAAUCUUCAAUGUAAAUUAGAUGUCUUCCAAGCAAACCAAGUUCUGAAAUUACUUCAUGACCCUUCUGUUGCUCUUGGCUUUUUCAAUUGGUUGAAGACUCAACCCAAGUUUAAGCAUGAUGAGCAUACUUACACCACCAUGAUUGGUAUCCUUGGGCAAGCCAGGGAAUUUGGAGCCGUGAAGAUGCUGCUAGAAGAGAUGAUCUCUGAUGGAUGCAAGCCCACUGUUGUGACAUAUAAUCGCUUAAUUCACGCAUAUGGCUGUGCUAAUUACAUAGGUGAAGCAGUUAAGGUGUUUCACCAUAUGCAGGAAGCAGGAUAUGAGCCUGACCGAGUUACAUAUUGCACACUCAUAGAUAUUCAUGCAAAAGCUGGUUAUCUGGAUGUUGCCCUUGAUUUGUAUCAUAAGAUGAAGAAUGUAGGCCUUUCUCCUGACACUUUCACAUACAGUGCAAUGGUGAAUUGCCUUGGCAAAGGUGGGCAUCUUGCUGCUGCUGACAAAUUGUUUAGUGAGAUGACAGAACAAGGUUGUGUUCCCAACCUCGUUACGUAUAACAUCAUGAUUGCCCUUAAAGCUAAAGCAAGGAACUAUGCCUCUGUGGUCAAGCUUUACCGUGACAUGCAAGCUGCUGGAUUUCGCCCAGAUAAAAUCACUUACAGCAUAGUGAUGGAUGCCCUAGGCCACUCUGGACACCUUAACGAGGUUGAAGCAGUGUUUGUUGAAAUGCAACGGGAUUGGGUCCCGGAUGAACCUAUUUAUGGCCUUCUGGUGGACUUAUGGGGUAAAUCUGGAAAUGCAGUCAAGGCCAGGGCAUGGUAUCAGGCAAUGCUUGAUGCAGGCCUGAGACCCAAUGUCCCCACAUGCAAUUCUCUCUUGAGUGCCUACCUUAGGGUGCACAAGUUCUCUGAUGCAUAUGCUGUUCUUUUAAACAUGCACAAUGUGGGACUAGUCCCCUCUCUCCAGACUUACACUCUGCUUCUGAGCUGCUGCACAGAAACAGAAGCAGGAAUUGGACUUUAUUGUCAACUUAUGGCUAUCACCGGCCACCCUGCUCAUACUUUCUUAGUAUCUUUGCCAGAUGCUGAACCCGGGGGCCAGAAUGUCAGAGACCACGCCAAUAAUUUCCUAAGUAUGAUGCAUAGUGAGGACAGGGAGAGUAAAAGGGGUCUUAUGGACGCCAUUAUCCAUUUCCUCCACAAGUCAGGUCUCAAAGAGGAAGCUGGGUCUGUUUGGGAGGUCGCUGCACAGAGAAAUGUCUACCCAGAUUCAGUCAGAAGGAAGAACCCCUCAAGUUGGCUAAUUAACCUUCAUGUGAUGUCUGAGGGAACUGCCAUAACAGCAUUGUCCAGAACUCUUGCCUGGUUUCACAGGGAGUUGAUAGUCUCAGGUGUUGGACCAUUUCGUAUUGACAUUGUAACUGGAUGGGGCCGACGAAGCAGGAUUACAGGCUCAUCAUCAGUUAGACAGUCCAUCAAGGAUCUACUUAAUGCCUUCCAGUUUCCGUUCUUCACUGAAAAUGGUAACUCUGGCUGUUUUGUGGGAUGCGGUGAGCCUCUUAAUAAUUGGUUACUCAACUCUUAUGUCGAGCGAAUGCAUUUACUUUAGCAAAUGAGAUCAUGAACUCUAUUUAUUCAGGCCUUUUAUCCUUAUUCAAUUUUGUUAGCAACUUGGAUCCUUGUUUGUUCAGGAGCUAAAGAAUGUCUUUGGGUUUGCAUUCUUGACUGUAAAUAGCAACUCUGGCUCCUUGCUUUGCAUAUUGUUUUUUGUAUGAAUUUACGUUUAAUUUAUUAGUCCAUUUCUGUUUUAAAGUUAA